AUGGAGUUGACGUGGUUAGGAGCUGACCGCAUUACGGAGCUGACUUGUGUUCUUGCAGUAGAUACAGUACCACUGCCAUAUCUAAAGUGGCAGAGAAGGUCAGUGGUAACUCCUGCACCUGAACACCCCCCUGCUCCUUGGCUAUUCUUAACGUCUGGGUUACGGGUCUGACCGAAGCAGCAAUUUGCAUUGUUGUGUCACACGACGAGCACCUGUUGUGGUAUGUUUACUGGUGGACACUGUACACUCUGAUGUCACAGAACUCUGACGGUGGAGAAAUGACCUGUCGGGUGUCACGCCCUGGCUCUGGGGACUCUAAUAUGUUGAGCCAGGGUGUGUAAAGUCUAUGUGUUUUGUUCUAGGUUUCACUUUCUAGUAUUGGUGUUCUAUGUUGGCCAGUGUGGUUCUCAAUCAGAGGCAACGUGAUUCAGCUGUUGCUUGUUGUCUCUGAUUGAGAACCAUACUUUAGCAGCCUGUUUCCCCACAGAGUUUGUGGGAUCUUGUUUCUAGUCUGUUGUGUUAGACCGUGAACUGUCACGUUUUCGUUUUGGUGUUUUUGAUCGUGUCUCUAAUAAAGAGUAUGUUUGCCUGCAACGCUGCGCCUUGGUCCUCAUCUGUUCUAGACGAUCGUGACAGAAGAUCCCACCAAGACUGGACCAAGCAGCAAGUCCAGGAGCCAGCGCCUGAGAGAUCUCUAGCGGAUCUCCUUCGCCUCCUCGACUGGGUCAAGCCAUGUGAGGAAGAGAGGGGCUUGACGUGGAGGCAGAAGGGCGAAAGGCUGGCGAGAAGCAUGGAGACCUGGUCCACGGGUAGGAGUGAAGCCCAUACAUUUUUUAGGGGGGGGCUAACGCCGUGGACGACGGGGCAGCAGGAGGCCGCCAGGUUACGGGAGUCACUGGUCACCAGGGGGAAGGAGGAUGUAGAGGCACGGCGAGAGGUACUGGCGUGUGUUGCCAGUCCGGUCCGGCCUGUUCCUGAUCCCCACGUAGGGCCAGUGGUGUGUGUUCCCAGUAUGGUCCGGCCUGUUCCUGCCACUCGCACCAAGUCUACGGUGCGCGUCGCCAGCUCGGCCCGGCCUGUUCCUGCUCCCCGCACCAAGUCUGUGGUGCACGUCGCCAGCCCAGUCCGGCCCAUUCCUGCUCCCCGCACCAAGUCAGUGGUGCGUUUCGUCAGCCCUGUCCGGCCCGUUCCUGCUCCCCGCACCAAGUCAGUGGUGCGCGUCGUCAGCCCGGUCCGGCCCAUUCCUGCUCCCCGCACCAAGUCAGUGGUGCGUUUCGUCAGCCCAGCUCGGCCCGUUCCUGCUCCCCGCACCAAGUCAGUGGUGCGUUUCGUCAGCCCUGUCCGGCCCGUUCCUGCUCCCCGCACCAAGUCAGUGGUGCGCGUCGUCAGCCCGGUCCGGCCCAUUCCUGCUCCCCGCACCAAGUCAGUGGUGCGUUUCGUCAGCCCAGCUCGGCCCGUUCCUGCUCCCCGCACCAAGUCAGUGGUGCGCUUCGUCAGCCCGGCACGGCCCGUUCCUGCUCCCCGCACCAAGUCAGUGGUGCGCUUCGUCAGCCCGGUCCGGCCCGCUCCUGCUCCCCGCACCAAGUCAGUGGUGCGUUUCGUCAGCCCGGCUCAGCCCGCUCCUGCUCCCCACACCAAGCCAGUGGUGUGCGUCGUCAGUCCGGCACGGCCCGUGCCUGUUCCACCGGUGGCUGGUCCGGCACCGGUCAGAUGCUUCACGCCGGAGCUAGAGCAAUCCGCUCCACCAGUGUGCAGUCCAGCUCCGGCCAGCGGGGCCAGACCGGACCAGGGGUACUUUGGGGGGUUGGAGAGGGAGCGGGGAUCCGGCCCGGAGCCGGAUCCGCCGCCUAAGCGGAGUGCCCACCCGGUCCCUCCCCUGUGGUAUUUGGUGGGCGCGGUCGGAGUCCGCGCCUUUAGGGGGGGGUACUGUCACGCCCUGGCUCUGGGGACUCUAAUAUGUUGAGCCAGGGUGUGUAAAGUCUAUGUGUUUUGUUCUAGGUUUCACUUUCUAGUAUUGGUGUUCUAUGUUGGCCAGUGUGGUUCUCAAUCAGAGGCAACGUGAUUCAGCUGUUGCUUGUUGUCUCUGAUUGAGAACCAUACUUUAGCAGCCUGUUUCCCCACAGAGUUUGUGGGAUCUUGUUUCUAGUCUGUUGUGUUAGACCGUGAACUGUCACGUUUUCGUUUUGGUGUUUUUGAUCGUGUCUCUAAUAAAGAGUAUGUUUGCCUGCAACGCUGUGCCUUGGUCCUCAUCUGUUCUAGACGAUCGUGACAUCGGGUUUGUCUGACACUGGCUGGUCACACUAGCAUUGGCAUAUGCACUGGGUUAACGUGAAUAUAGUGGUGAUUUCUUAUGCCAACUUUUCUGUCAGCAGUUGCACCGAAAAUGUGUGGUGUGGAGUUGUAUUGUUGUGCUGUCAUCUAAGUCAAUGAUAUCUUAAUAGAGGUUCCAUUAGGACUCGUAUCAAUAAAGACAUUUGACUUAAGGCCAGUGUUAAUUUUGGCACUCUUUUUUUAGAUUUAGUAUAGUCUUAGACAGUUUGACUAAAAUAUAAUUUAGUUUUGGUCACAUUUUGUCAUUUGAAUAAUGAUUCAGUCUAGUUAUUGUCAAAAUUACAAAAACAGUUGGCCGUUUUAGUCAACUAAAUGGCCUUUCAUUUGAGUCACAUCACAUUCGUAUUGCCUCAUUAACCUAUAGUAAACAUACAUCACUGACUUCCAUGUGAACAAACAUACAUAGCCUUGUCCUUCCAACAUAUUGUUCUGCAUAACAUCCUAUUCUCUUCCCAACAGCAGAAAUAUGACAAACAUAUAUAACAAUACAGUGCCUUCAUAAAGUAUUCACACCCCUUGACUUAUUCCACAUUUUGUGGUUUUACAGCCUGAGUUAAAAAUUGAUAAAUAUAAUUUUUUUCUCUCACCCAUCUAUCUACACACAAUAACCUAUAAUGACAAAGUGAACAUUUUUGCAAAUGUAUUGAAAAUGAAAUAUAGAAAUAUCUAAUUUACUUAAGUAUUCACACCCCUGAGUCAAUACUUUGUAGAAACACAUUUGGCAGCAAAUACAACUGUGAUUCUUUCUGGGUAAGUCUCUAAGAGCUUUCCACACAUGGAUUGUGCAACAUUUGCCCAUUAUUCUUUUAAACAUUCUUCAAGCUCUGUGAAAUUGGUUGUUGAUCAAGUCUUGCCAUAGAUUGUCAAGCAGAUUUAAGCCAAAACUGUAACUCGGCCACUCAGGAACAUUCACUGUCUUCUUGGUAAGCAACGCCAGCGUAGAUUUGGCCUUGUGUUUUAGGUUGUCCUGCUGAAAGGUGAAUUCAUCUCCCAGUGUCUGGUGGAAAGCAGACUGAACCCGGUUUCCCUCUAGGAUUUUGCCUGUGCUUAGAUCUAUUAAGUUUAUUUUUUAUCCUGAAAAACUCCCCAGUCCUUAAUGAUUACAAGGAUACCCUUAACAUGAUGCAGCCACCACUAUGCUUGAAAAUAUGGAGAGUGGUACUCAGUAAUGUAUUGGAUUUGCCCAAAACAUAACACUUCGUAUUCAGGACAAAAAGUAAAUUGCUUUGCCACAUUUUUUGCAGUAUUACUUUAGUGCCUUGUUGCAAACAGGAUGCAUGUUCUGUACAGGCUUCCUUCUUUUGACUCUGUCAAUUAGGUUAGUAUUGUGGAGUAACUACAAUGUUGUUGAUCCAUCCUCGGUUUUCUCCUAUCACAGCCAUUAAACUCUGUAACUGUUUUAAAGUCACCAUUGGCCUAAUGGUGAAAUCCCUGAGCGGUUUGCUUCCUUUCCGGCAACUGAGUUAGGAAGGACGCCUGUAUCUUUGUAGUGACUGGGUGUAUUGAUACACCAUCCAAAAGUGUAAUCAAUAACUUCACCAUGCUCAAAGAGAUAUUCAAUGUCUGCUUUUUCCAUUUUUACUACCAAUAUGUGCCCUUCUUUGUGGUUGAAUCUGUGUUUAAAAUUCACAGCUCAACUGAAGGACCUUAAAGAUAAUUGUAUGUGUGUGGUACAGAGAUGAUGCAGUCAUUCAAAAACUCCUGAACGUAUUUAGGCUUGCCAUAACAAAGGGGUUGAAUACUUAUUGACCCAAGACAUUUCAGCUUUUCAUUUUUAAUGAAUUUGCAAACAUUUCUAAAAACAUUAUGGGGUGUGUAUUGUGUGUAGGCCAGUGACACAAAAUCUCAAGUUGGCUCCCAGAGCUAAUGCCUAGGCUUAACGCGUCACUAACAUCAUCCUAAGUCUUGCCAAUGACCAGGGACCCGAUAUCCACUUGGUUAAACAUACUCAAACUGUUUGAAUGACUGCCCUCAUAGUCAAAGUCCUAGGCAUUAACUCGGCGAGCUAACACAAGCCUUUAGAUCUCAGGCAAUGUUACUCAUCACGCAACCGUGGUUGACCAAAACCACCUCGGUGAUAUACAGUAAAUACACUAACCUGAGUUAUAGGUGUAGGUGAUUUUUAUUUUUAUUUUGAGGCAUGUCAUGGGGACUCACCACUGUUUGUCAUCCCGUAGGUGGAAGAGGGGGGUCAUGCGUCCCUGGCCGGGGUCUGCGAGGGGGAUGAGGUGGUGUCGCUGAAUGGAGAACCCAGCGGCGACCUUUCCCUCUCAGAAGCUAUUGCUCUCAUUGACGCCUGUGUCGACUGCCUGCAAUUACUGGUCAAAAGGUAACCACAAAGGCUGGAUUUUUCAUUAUUAACUACACCAUUGCUUCUCAAACCAGAAUUAUACCCCCAAAAAUGCCUUUUGCUUAGUUUUCUUUUUGGAAAAAUUACUGCCACGUUAACAUUACAACCUCAGGGUGCUACAGGUUUAUCAAGGUUUAUGUCAAUGCUCUCAAAACUUACUGCCGCAUUGGUGUGAUCAACUGGGUCAUGUACUACAAGGCAUGGUUCAAUACAACACAACAAGCACUAGUGUAUUAUUUGCAUGUACACGGUUGAGUGGCCUGGAAUAUGGUGGCCGGACGGACAGAUAGUAGUUCAUAGGCAAGUGUGUUGACCUUUGAGUGUCUUGGCUGCUGACGAACCAGCUGUUGCAGAUUUGUGUGCCCGCUCAACAAGCAGCUUUUAAACAGUUACUCAGCGGGCCUCACACACCGUGCACGUCUCGUGUGCCAACGGAUAUUGGUGCCGAUGCCCAUAUUUAAGGGAACACUUACAGUGAGCUCCAAAAGUAUUGGGACAGUGACCAUUUUUGGCUUUGUACUCCAGCACUGGAUUUGAAAUUAUACAAUGACUAUGAGGUUAAAGUGCAGACUAUCUUUAAUUUGAGAGUAUUUCCAUCCAUAUCGGGUGAACCGUUUAGAAACUACAGCACUUUUUGUACAUAGUCCCCCCAUUUUAGGGGCCAAAAGUAUUGGGACAAAUUCACUUGUGUAUCAAAGUAGUAAAAAGUGAAGUAUUUGGUCCCAUAUUACGAGCAUGCAAUGACUACAUUAAGCUUGUGACUGUACAAACUUGUUGGAUGCAUUUGCUGUUUGCUUUGGUUGUGUUUCAGAUUAUAUUGUGCCCAAUAUAAAUUAAUUAAGCAAUAAGGCCCGAGGAGGUGUGGCAUAUGGGUAGCAACCGUAGAUUUGUGUCGGGACUUCGACUACGUCUCAGGCCUAACAACACCUGUGCCAAUAUAUCCUUCAAACACUGGCUUCGAGGGCAUUACCACUUAAUGAAAUAUGUUUGGUCACAUAUCUCAUCCCCUUCCCUUUUGGUUGCUAGGUUCUAAUUGACUCCAAUGCAAUAAUUGUAGUGACACAACGACAUACUGCAUUCCUCUAUGACGCUGAAAGGGGAAAGGAAGUGGGUUUGUGAUUACUUUCCACUUCAGUGCUUCACUCCAGUCAUUUAACAUGAGGGACGGAGAUUGAGUUUGCUUGAUUAUGGUGACCACUUGAGGGGCCAUUGGUUGAUGAGAUGGCUUUAGUUAACACAAACGGCAAGUGCUCUGGUGCACAGCACAAUAUUCAACGAUAUUUCAUAUUGGAAAUCCAGGCAAUCAAAUCAUGAGAUCAAAAGAUCACCAGAUAACCUUUUGCCUGUGUCUUCAAGGAAAAAGGAAACAGAGAUUAUCUAUCUAUCUAUCUAUCUAUCUAUCUAUCUAUCUAUCUAUCUAUCUAUCUAUCUAUCUAUCUAUCUAUCUAUCUAUCUAUCUAUCUAUCUAUCUAUCUAUCUAUCUAUCUAUCUAUCUAUCCAAUUUCAAACCAAAUGACCAUACCAAACCACACUCUUAUUAUGCACAGUCUCAACACUUGCAACUUCAAAAUGAUUUUCAUUGAACUAUUGUAUGAUGUGUUAUGCUCCCCAAUCUCCAUUCCCCCCUCUGCUCAUACAGAUGCUGCGCACUAACCCCCCAGGAAUUUAAUUCAGAGGAGACCUACUUUGGCACAAGGGAGUCCUCUGGUGAGGCUUUGGAAAGCACCAACCUCCGCAUCCUUUCCCUUGGCAGGUCCCAAUCACCCAGGGAGCUCUACAUCGCCGAGUCCCAGGAUGAGGCUUACUAUGGGGAGAUGGAGAGUGACACAGAGGCCCCCAGAGGGACCCACCUGGUCCGCACCCAGCUCUGCGUGCCCGCGUCUGGGGAGUGCAGCGGCCCAGAGUCACAGUUACUCGGAGGGGGAGGGGACAGAGGUCGAGCGGGACCCCAGGGAGGGAGUUUCUCCCCGGGGGCAAUGGUGGAGCUCCAGUUGUCCCUCGCUGAACACACCCUGGAGGAUCCCGUCUGCACCUCCCUGGGGAGUGCUCUUGGAAUAGAGGGGGAGAUCCAGGCGAGAGAAGCCCUCCAGAACAAGGCCCUCCUCCACACCACCACCCACUCGCUCUACGUCUGUGGCCCAGCUAGGGAGCCCCUGAGUCAGCAUGGAGUGGUGGAGAUCACCCUGCAGCACCCCGCUGUCGGGAGGGGCUCUCCACGUCUGGUAGAGGUGGUGGGUGCCUGUGGGGCCAGUGGAAGUGUUGGUGGAGCCCCAAGAAAGGAAGGAGCAGGGCAAAGCCAGGGAGCUCCCACCUCCUUCACCGUCUCCUUUGGAAUUCCCGAAGAGGGGGCGGAGCCGGCAGAGGAGCCAGACUCGGAUUCUGAGAAGGACCUUGGGAAACCCAACAAGCACCGGGCCAGGCACGCCAGUGAGUACUCUAUGCCUGUUUCCGCUGUUACUAGUCCUGCUUUGUGUGUGUGUUUUUAGUGUUGUCUUAUAGGGUGCACCGACUCCGAACUAUUAGCAGACUGACAUACAGUAGCACUGCUGUGAACUGCAUUUGUCAACUCAACUCUGGGAGGCAUGUGUGCAUUCCUUAGCCCGGUGCCCUGUUGCACACAAAAAUGUGGCCCCAAAAAUAGUAGAUGCUCUCUCUUACUUGGGAGGGGUUUUGUUUGGAUUGAAGCAGAGAGGUCCAGUUCAAGCCUGAAUUUCAAGUUUGUAGUAUCCAAGAUCACUGAAGGCAGGAUUGUGGCAAUAUAAUAGGGGGGAGAGAGAGAGAAUUCUCCGUUUUUAAAAAAUAUAUUUAAAAAAAGUCCUAUCAAAUGUUUUCCUUUAGCUUAGAAUAGGGGCUUGAUGAGGAUGUGUCUUUCAGGGCGAUAAAUAUGGCAUUUCAUUGAGCCGUGCAGGGGGACAUAAAUAAAAUGUCAGCGCGUUGAUGAUGCCUGCAGAAGUGCUCUUUGACGGACACCAGCAUGUGCUGCACUAGCCUGUUACCCGAUCCUUUUUACACCGUAUGUCUUAGCCCGCGCCAUAAAGCGAGUGUCACUCACUACGCACCGUCUUCCUCCACCUUGAGGUUAGUCAUACUGAGGGAAAUAAAAAUGUAAAGAUGGGUUCUUUUAUAAAUCACCGCUUUGUGUAUGUGUGUGUAGGGUUGGUGCUGUUAAAGAGUGGGUGGACAUGACUGUCGUCGGCUCGGGUUUAGGUGACAGAUCCGAGAGUGGACAUACAGAUAAGGACUGGGAAAGGUGCUUGGGUGCUGGUGAAUGCACUUCCGUCCCACAGACUAUUUUUAAUCCAUUUUAUCUCUUCUAUGCUCUGCCAUUGGCUGAAACUAUGGGGACCACCCGUUGAACAGGCUGUCACAGCUGUGUUACUAUCGUGUAUUAUCGGGGCACAAACGAGGAGGAUAUUAGACAAUUGGUCAUAGAAUUAGGUAAUUGCUUUUUGUGUUGAUUGAAUAGAGAUUGUGUAGAUUGAAUGAUCAAAUCUGUGAUAAGUAUUGGCACUGAGGUAUUUGGCUUUAAAUUACUUUUUGUUGGGCUAUAGAAAGCCAAGUAUAAGAUCAGGACCAGGAAAAUAUUGAAUGAAUGAGUGAAUGAAUGGAUUAGAUUUAGCUCUUAUGUAUGUUUAUGGAAAUGUGUAGGUUAUUGCUUGCAUUUAUGUCAUUUGAGGGGUAUUUUUAACAAUUUGUUUUUGCUUUAAAAACAUAUUCAGGUUUUCAAUAUAAUGGGGUGAAUCAAAUGGUCUGCUAUGAUAUUUAACGCUGCUUUUAAUGAACUAGCUAAUAGCAUGGUCUGAUUUGAGUUUGCAGUUUCAGAAAUUCUGCAAUUUUUCAUGUAUGCCAUUUAAAGAGUGAUUGUUUAUAUAAAGUGAAAUAUCAGUGAAAGUAAUUAGUGAGUGGUUGCUUUAAUGUAUUAAGAUAUGUUUUCACAAUGUCAUUAGGGUGGACAUGCAGUGUUAAGAUGUAUUCAAGAUUAUCAUAAAACAUUAGAAAAUGUGGUGGCCUACUGGUAUCUGAAAACAGUGUAACUUGGUGUGGCAAACAUUUUCCGAUGCAUGUUCAUCCAAAUGGAAUGAUUUGUGGUGGUCUCAAUUCUACCCAAGCUAUAAAUACACAUUAUAUGCAGUUAAAUUAAAUAGGCCACAAGAAGCAACCAUUUGAAAUAUAUCUCUCUCUCUCUCUCUCUCUCUCUCUCUCUCUCUCUCUCUCCCUCCCUCCACCUCUCUCUCUCCCUCCCUCCCUCCCUCCACCUCCCUCUCUCUAUUUCGCAGGGCUCAGGCGCAGUGAGAGCCUGUCAGACAAGCAGGUGAAGGAGGCCAAAUCUAAAUGUAAGCGUAUUGCUAUUCUUCUGAACGCUGACACUCCCAACCCCAACAACAAGGGGGUGUUGAUGUUCAAGAGGCAUCGACAGAGGGCUAAGAAGUAUACACUCGUCAGCUACGGCACCGGUGAGAGCGAACCAGAGUACGAGGACGACGACAGCGAGGAGGAGGAAGACUACGACGAAAGAAACACCAGGGCGAUCGAAUUCACCCUCGUAGCCACCACCAGCGAGUCAGAGCUUGACGAGGACUUCAUUACUAAUGCCCAGGGUGGAGGCAGAGUGAUAACCUGCGACUGGGACACGGGACUACUCGAGAUCGAGCGCAAGCUCAAUUCCGGAGAGGAGAUGGAGCAACUGCCCAACACCACGGGCAAGGGAGCCACGAUGUUUGCCCAGCGCCGCCAGCGCAUGGACGAGAUCGCCACCGAACAUGAGGAGAUGAGGCGCCAGGGGAUUCCUGUGGAGGGAGUGCAGGAGGUGGAGAAGCAUGCGGCCUACCAGCAGUUGGAGGAGCGCUCGUACAUGCAGGCCACCACAGAGAGCCAGGCCUACAUGGAUGUGAACGUGCACCAGAAGCAGCAACAACAGUAUCAGCAGUACCAAGAGCAGCAGUACUACGAGCAGCAACAGCAGCAGCAGCAACAGCAAUACCAGCAGCAGCAGCAAUACCAGCAGCAACAACAGUACGAGCCGCAGCAUUACAACCAGCAGCAGCAAUACCAGCAGCAACAAUAUCAACAACAGCAGCAGUAUCACCAGCAGCAAGAGUACAAACAGCAGCAGCAAAUUCAACAGUACUCGUCUAACAUGAAUGGCGUGGCCAACCACCAAACCAAUGAAAUGCAGAGUUCCAUGAGCAAUCGAACCCCCCAACCCUUCUCGGUACAAAACCAGGUGCCCGCACCAUUUCCUCCCCCAGUGAGUGGGAACAACCAAGAGGCGCUGGGUCAGGGGGAGCAGAUUGCCUCGCGCGACGAGCGCAUUUCGACGCCGGCUAUUAAGUCUGGGAUCUUGCAGGACACAAGGAACAGGUUCAAGGGCAAGCCAAUGUUCAAUUUCAAACAGGCUCCCAAAGUGCCACCCAACCCAGAGCUUAUGAAUCUCCUCAACAGGAGUGACAAGAAGUUGGAUUUCGAGUUAGUCACGGAAGAGGACUACCUUAGUUUGGGGGCUGAGGCUUGCAACUUUCUCCAGUCACCAAGGGUCAAGCAUAAGACGCCUCCACCAGUCGCUCCAAAGCCCAUCAUUAACCCCAACUCUCCGCCUUGGUCCCCUCAGCCUGAGCUGGCCAACCAGGAGUUGCUGCUGCAUGCUGAAAAUAGUGUCCCUGCACCUGCUACAGCCGCCGAGCCGGAAUCCGCCCCUGCUCCAGAACUGGAGCCAACCCCUGCACCUGCCCCAGAACCCUCCCCCCCUCUUGCACCCCAGGAAUUUCCUGCCAACACCCCUUCUCCAGAAAAACACACAUGGAGUCCCCCAGGGUCCCAGGUGGAGAUGCAGCCCCAGCAAGCACCAGCCUGGGGAGGAAAUGGACCUUCUCCACCUCAGCCUCAUUCGCAACCCGAGCCUCAAGUGAGUUCCAAGGCUCCGCUGCAAACACAGGCACAACAGCAGCCACCACAGCAGCCACCCGUGAGUACUUGGACACCUGCUGAAAUGAAGCCCCAGGCUCCAGCUCCAAGUCAGUCCCCAUCACAGCUCCCUUGGGUGACUCCCCAACCUCCACCUCCACCUCCUCAGCCUCAAGCUCAGCCUCAGCCACCGAUGAAUUAUUGGGCUCCAGCACCUGCCCAGUCACAACCCCAAUGGGCUCAACCUCAAGAGCAAGCACAGGCCCAGCCACCAUGGGUUCAGCCUCAAGAACAAGUACAGCAACAGCCCCAGCCACCUUGGGCUCAGCCUCAAGAACAAGUUCAGCAACAGCUCCAGCCACCAUGGACUCAGCCUCAAGAACAAGCACAGGCCCAGCCACCAUGGGUUCAGCCUCAAGAACAAGCACAGCAACAGCCCCAGCCACCUUGGGCUCAGCCUCAAGAACAAGUUCAGCAACAGCCCCAGCCACCAUGGACUCAGCCUCAAGAACAAGCACAGGCCCAGCCACCAUGGGUUCAACCUCAAGAACAAGUUCAGCAACAGCCCCAGCCACCAUGGGCUCAGCCUCAAGAACAAGUUCGGCAACAGCCCCAGCCACCUUGGGUUCAGCCUCAAGAACAAGUACAGCAACAGCCCCAGCCACCAUGGGGUCAACAGCCUCAGCCUCCACAACAGGCUUGGCCCCAGGCCCAGACCCAGGCCCAGCCUCAGCCACCUUGGGUGUCAUCACCUCAGCCUCCAAUGAAUGCAUGGACACCACCACAGAGCCAGGCCCAGCCACCACAGCCACCUUGGGCCCAACCAGCCCAACCCCAACCCCAACCCCAUAUGAAUGCAUGGGCCCAAGCACCUGCUCAGACUCAGGUCCAGCUUCCCUGGGCCCAGCAACCUCAAGAGCAAGCACAGCUACCCAUUAAUGCCUGGACCCCAGAUCAGAAUCAGGCCCAGCCACAGUCACCUUGGGCCCAAACAACUCCAACCCAAUCCCCACCCCAGCAAAGCUGGGAACAGCCACCUCCACAGCAGGCACCCCCACAGCCACCAAUGAAUGCAUGGGCCCCGGCUCAGGCACAGCCUCAGACACACACAAGUACCUGGGCCCCACAACCACAGCAAGCACCAGUGAAUACUCAGACCCCGAUGGACAGAGUGGGUCAACCUUCUCCGAAACCUGGGAAUGCGCCACAAAAUGCUCCCCGUUGUACUCCUCCGCCUCGCCCACACCGAAUGAAUUCUUACACGCUUGGAGAAAGGUCAUCAUCACCCCUCAUCAAUCCAAUGGCCAGCGUCUUGGUACCAGUGCGAGGCAUGGGCUCGGCUUUGUCGAUGCCAGCUGUUACGGGGAAAGGAGCUGAUUUGUUCGCCAAGAGGCAGUCUCGUAUGGAGAAGUAUGUUGUGGAUUCGGACACUGUGUUGGCAGCCACUGCACAGGCAGCCCAGCAAGCCCAGGCAGCCACUGCGCAGGAAAACAAGGCAAGGCCCACAUCGCCUUCUCCCUCUGUACCUCAUUCGUGGAAAUAUUCACCCAAUUGCAGAGCUCCCCCUACAUCAAAUUACAACCCCAUACAGUCCCCGUCCUACCCACCAGGGGCCAUUAAGCAACCCCCUUCAUCUAGCCCUGCAGCCAAAGCCAAGAAAGGGAAAGGCAAACCUGCCUGCAAACCCCUUGCUGUUAUAGAUGUCAUGAAACAUCAGCCGUAUCAGCUCAAUGCCUCCCUCUUUACGUAUGGCCCAGCAGUGGAGGCUGCCGAGGCUGCCAAGGCCGCUGCACCAAAGCCUGCCCCAGCCCCUGCCCCAGUCCCUCCAAACCAAAACCAACCAAUCAGAUAUGAGCAACUUUCCCCUGUCCAGCCGGCUGGACCAAUGAAUGCUCCCUAUCCACAGCUGCCCCAGCCCCCUCAGCAGCCCUAUGGGAUGCCCCCUCAACCACACAUGCACGAUAGUCCCUACCACCAAGUCCCAUCUAAUGCUUACCAGCCACCUAACAAUCCCUACCAGCAAGCUCCUGCAGGCCCUUACCAACAACCAUAUUAUCCCCCUUACCAACAAGCCCCUCCAGCUCCUUAUCAACCCCAGCCCCAUCCCCAGCCCCAAGCUCCAAACCCUUCCUACCAACCGACCCCCCAAGGUCCUUAUCAGCCAGCCCAUAGCCCCCCUUACCAAGCAGUACCCCAAGCCCCCUACCAGCCACUAACUCCCAGUAACUAUGUGGUCCCCAGCUUUCCCAUAGCGGCAAAGCCUGAGUCCAUCUCUGGGGGCAGCACCGCUCCAAAGCCCAGGUUCAUGGCCAAAAAGAGUUCAGCCCAGGUAUGGAAGCCAGUAGCUGCAGAGAAAGAGUGA